GACACAAACAUGCAUGUAGACAUGGUAUAUUGUAAGAACAGAAAUCCUCUUGUCCCCAGAAAAACAGAGAGAAUAAUAAAAUAAACUACAAGAAAGCCUCCGUAAUCCCAAACCUUAGUAAACAACUAUACAUUUGUCAAAAAAAUUUGUAGUAAAGCCAACUCGAAUUAAAGUACAGGUCAGUCUGUAUUGAAUCUUCUCAGUCAUCGGGAGACAAGUCGGGGUUCCUAAAAGUAUCGUAGUUUCAUGGCGACAUUGGAAAUAGAGGAUAAGCGAAUAGAGGAAGUCUUAUCAUUUCCAAUUCUAUUAUCUGACCGGAUUAGUCAAGCAGCCGAAGAAGCCGACUUUUUCAAAACUGACUGCGCCGAGGUCGGUAAACAAGCCGACCGGCUCUGUCAGAUGCUCCGGUCCAUUGCCCGCUUCAAUACCUCAACUACCAGUUCUCUUUACGAACGUCCGGUCCGUCGAAUCGUUGCUGAUGUUUCCAAGAAUCUCGACCGGGCCUUAACCCUAGUUCGCAAGUGCAAACGCCGGGGAAUCCUUCGCCGUGUUGUCAGAAUGGUCACUGCCGCCGAUUUUCGUAAGCUUAACAACCUUCUAGAAUCUUCCAUAGCAGAUAUGAAGUGGCUCCUUAGCAUCUCUGAUAAUGAUUGUUGUGGAGGUGGAGGUAUUGUUCUGUCUCUUCCACCAAUUGCUAGUAAUGACCCCAUAAUUUCUUGGGUGUGGUCUUUUAUUGCUUCAUUAUAUUUGGGUCAAUUGAAUGAUAAAAUUGAGGCUGCUAAUGAAUUAGCUUCACUUGCUAAAGAUAAUGAUAGAAAUAAGAAAAUUAUAGUUGAAGAAGGUGGAAUUUUCCCUUUUCUGAAGCUCUUGAAGGACAAAACUUCAACCCCGGAUGCUCAAAUUGCUGCUGCUGUAGCCCUUUGUUAUCUAGCCAAUGACGAAGAUAGGGUCCGGGAAAUUAUUCGUGAAAUGGGGGUACCAAUAAUAGUUCAAUUAUUGGGGGAUUCCCCGACCAGAAUCCAAAUUCAGUUGGCUGAUUUGGUGGCAGGAAUGGCAGAUCACAGUUCGUUAGCUCGGGAGGAGUUUGCUAGGGAGAAUGUCAUUAGGCCGCUAGUGACAUUGUUAUCAUAUGAUAUUCCAAUAGAUGAACCAAAAUUGGGAAAUGGGAAGCAAAGCAUACAUUCUAUUGUGCAGAUAAACAAGGAGUUGGAAAAGAAUUCAUCAGGGUUGUAUAACUACCGACAUAUACCUGGAUCGCCGUUGCCAGUGCAUUAUUCUGAUGGGAGUAGCAAAGGUGUGAGUUACAGGAAGGAGAAAGAGAAUGAGAAGCCAGAAAUGAAGUAUCAGCUGAAAGCUAGUUGUGCUAAGGCUCUGUGGAUGCUUUCCAAGGGAAGUGUUGUGAUUAGUAAGAGGAUAACGGAUACCAAAGGUUUGCUUUGUUUAGCUAAGGUUGUUGAGAGAGAACAGGGAGAGUUACAGCUUAAUUGCUUGAUGACGAUAAUGGAAAUAACUGCUGCUGCUGAAUCAAAUGCUGAUCUUAGAAGGGCUGCUUUCAAGACGAACUCUCCUGCUGCGAAGGCUGUUGUAGAUCAAUUAUUGAAGGUGAUUAAAGAGUCUGAUAACCCAAUACUACAAAUUCCGGCUGUUAGAUCAGUUGGUUCACUGGCUAGGACAUUUCCAGCAAGAGAAACUCGUGUAAUUGGUCCUUUAGUGGAGCAGCUUAGUAAUAGGAACCUGGAUGUAGCAGCAGAAGCUGCUGCCUCUCUGGAAAAAUUUACUUGUCCUCAGAAUUUCUUGUGUACGGAGCACUCAAAAACGGUUAUUGAAUAUAGAGGUGUCCCUCCUCUGAUGAGACUGUUGAGAGGAAAUGAACGAUCGAAAUUGCAUGGGUUGAUGCUCCUCUGCCACCUAGCAUCACAUGCUGGUAACAGUGAGGCUUUAGAACAAGCACGAGUAUUCACUGCUCUCGAGGGGGUAGAUCGCUCAUUAUUGGCAGUACAUCCCGAGUUGAAGGAGUUGGUGCCAGACGCAAUGUAUCACCUAAAUGUUUAUCACUCUGGCGUACUUACUGAGAGGCAAUAUAUUGGUCAUUGAUCAACAAUUUGAUAAGAUUGAAUGGCAGGGACUCUCAGGUUAUAGAGUUGUACAUACAUUUGCCGGGAGGGAAUAUGUAAUAUUUCAUUAUGACUGAACAAAUAAUACUUCUGUCCAUUAUACACAGAGUUCUUGCCCUUUAGCUUCUCAUUGUAUGUUAUGAAGAUGGUGUUUUAUGGAAAUGAAAUUACCAAAUUCUUGCUGA